GUCGACCCCGAUGACGUUCUUACAAAAGAAGAGCAGAUCUACCUCCUGGUGGAAGCUAAGGAGAAAUGUCAGAGAGACAUAAAAGCCCAACUGGAGAAGACCAAAGACACCAGCUGCCUUCCGGAGUGGGACGGGAUUAUCUGCUGGCCGAAGGGCUCCCCCGGCCAGGAGGUGCCGGUGCCCUGCCCCGACUACAUCUAUGACUUCAACCACAAAGGUCAUGCCUACAGGUACUGCAGCGCUGACGGGACGUGGGCUGUGGCUUUCAGCAUGAACAAGACCUGGGCCAAUUACACCGAAUGUGCUCUGCUCUUCUCCUCCGAGAGCCGGAGCCAGGAGAAGGAGGUGUUUGACCGCCUGCACCUGAUGUACACCGUCGGCUACUCCAUCUCCCUGGCCUCCCUCGUCGUCGCCGUCUGCAUCCUCUCGUACUUCAAGCGCCUGCACUGCACACGCAACUACAUCCACGUCCACCUCUUCACCUCCUUCAUCUGCCGGGCGGUGAGCAUCUUCGUGAAGGACACGGUGCUCUACUCGGGCAUGCUGGCCAGCGAGACGGAGAAGAUGCGGGAGGACGACUUCAAGGCAGAAAUGGGUCCUUCCCCGGGACAACGGAGCCACCUGGUUGGCUGCAAGGUGGUGGUGACCCUCUUCCUCUAUUUUCUGGCCACCAACCACUACUGGAUCCUGGUGGAAGGUCUCUACCUGCACAGCCUGAUCUUCAUGGCCUUCCUCUCCAACAAGAACUACCUGUGGGUCCUCAUCAUCAUCGGCUGGGGUCUCCCCGCUGUGUUCGUGUCUGUCUGGGCCAGCGUCAGGGCCUCCCUGGCAGAUACACAGUGCUGGGACCUCAGCGCAGGGAACUUGAAGUGGAUUUAUCAAGUCCCCAUCUUGGCUGCCAUCGUGGUCAACUUCUUCCUCUUCCUCAACAUUGUCCGGGUGCUGGCCUCCAAGCUCUGGGAGACGAACACGGGGAAGCUGGACCCCCGGCAGCAGUACAGGAAACUGCUGAAGUCCACGCUGGUGCUGAUGCCACUUUUCGGAGUCCACUACGUGGUGUUCAUGGCCAUGCCCUACACCGAAGUCUCCGGGGUCCUGUGGCAGAUCCAGAUGCAUUACGAGAUGCUCUUUAACUCCUCUCAGGGUUUCUUUGUGGCUUUUAUCUACUGCUUCUGCAACGGGGAGGUAAGUGAAGCGCGAGCAGCCAAGUUCCCUGUCCCAGCCCCGUUAGGGCUGCUCCCCGCCCGUGCCAGCCUGCCCGGCUACAUCCCCAGCUCCUUUGCCUCGGAUAACUUUUUGCCCUGUCCGACCCAGGAGAUGAGCCAGAAAGCCUGCAGGGAAAAUUCAGUGGACUUAACAGACCCAAACCAGUGUCACUCCAACCUAAGCAAAGAGAUGGAGACGAUGCUGUGA